AUCGAGCCUCGCUUUCACAUGCCGAGCAUGCGCGCGUUUUACUCGCCAUUUUUAGCUGCAGACGGACCCUUUGACCCCGUUUUGACCGAAAAACAGUGGUUUUAGGACAAAAUAAAGCCUCGCCAUGUCGAAGCUGGAGCAAGUGUUAAUCCUAGAACCUUCCGGGGAGCUAAAAUUCAAAGGACCUUUCACUGAAGUAGUAACAUCAAAUUUGAAGUUGAACAACCCAACAGACAAGCGGGUAUGUUUCAAAGUCAAGACCACAGCUCCGCGGAGAUACUGCGUCCGGCCCAACAGUGGGGUAGUCGAGCCUUCAUCUUCCAUAAAUGUAUCAGUGAUGCUCCAGCCGUUUGACUACGACCCCCAGGAGAAGAACAAGCACAAGUUCAUGGUCCAGUCCAUGUUUGCGCCCGAGGGGGGCAUCGACAACGAGACGAUGGUCAAUAUGGUAAGUGACAAAAUGUGGAAAGAUGCAGACCAGACCCAGCUGAUGGACUCUAAGCUGAAGUGUGUGUUUGAGCUUCCUCCAGAGGCCCUACAGGCUCUGGCUAAGGGGAAGACCAAUGUAUUCAAGUUGGAAAGCAGCACCCCACCGCCUCGCAAAUCUGUGUCCGCGCCGUCAAUCAUUAAAAGAGUGCCCGUGAGACCAAUUAAAUCUGUGUUGUUUCAGAAUGAUUUGGAUGCUGCUAAGGAAGCCAAAGAGGUGGCGGCAGUACCACCUGUCAAGCCCAACAUCCCCAAGCCUUCUCCGGAGGCCAAGAGGCCAGUAACACAGGAGGCCACAGUGGCAGUGAAAGCGGUUAAUGUGGGUUCGUCUGCGAGCGAUAGUGACAUGAAGAAAGUGUUGGACGAGUGCCGACGGCUCCAGGCUGAGGUGUCCAAACUUCAGGCCGAGAAUGCACAAAUCAAGGAUGACGGAUUGCGCCAGCGCAAGGCCACACCGUCAGACAACCAGACGUUCACGACAGAGUUUGCACCCGUAGCCCAGCGCAGUGCCAUCCCGCCUGUACUUUAUCUACUCGCUGCACUUAUUCUCGGCUUUAUUCUGGGCAAGUUCAUCCUGUAGAAAGCUUCGUGGGUUGUGUAUCAGCAUAGAGGAAGAGGGAUAGGGAAUAUUAAAAAAAAAAGGUUUAAAAAAAAAGAAGAAAAAAUAUUUGCAGGUUUGUGACUGGAGCAGUGGCCGGGAUUGUGCAGAAUUGUUCAUGCACAACUCUGGCAGGGGACGUGGCACUCUCCCUCUUGCACCCCAAACAAAACGUUCAAAAUCAAAAAGAAAGUUACUCCUAACUCGAAAGGUAUAAACCAUUCUUUUUACCGAGCAAGGGCAAGCGUAUGUAGAGUCCAACAGAGUCCUAUAAAUGAUAGCAAUCCGCUUCGUUUGUGUAUAAAGUCUAGCUCUGCAGAUUAUUGAACAGCCGCAUAACUCCUUUGCCCUUGCUUGUGAGAAGAGAUUGUUCUGUUCAGCCUUUUGUGUCUCUUUUUCUCUCCCCAGAAAAUGAAUCUUUGUUGCUAAUCAACACAAUUUACUGUCUGGGCUACAGACAGUCUCUUUCCCUUUCAGCUUGGAAAUAUGUAUAUGCGGGAUGUUUUCAGGGUAUUGUGUGUCUAACUUGAUAUUCAUCCAAAAAAAACACAGUGUGUGUUCCCACUAUGUCGCUGUAAACGUUGAAAGGCAACUUUCGUUCAAACAAAAAAGAGAAGUUUCAGUGGUUAGUCUAUGUCACAAGGUGUUACUUGGAUGUUUUCGUAUGUUACAUCCAAAAUCUACUCAGUCUACCUUGUACGCUCGUCAGCAACAGCAUGUAAGUGUGAGGAGAGGUACACAAGGAACUGGGGAAAACGUUCUUGGAGGCAGAUGUUGGUAGUAAUUCUAAGGAGCAGUGUGGAUUGAUGUACUGACUGUUUUCUGUACUAGUGGGAGAGAUAUACUGAGAGAGGCUAGGAAGGAGGGGAAAAGGGAGUUAGUACAUUAACUGAUUGUUGGACUAUCGCAUGAACAACAGAUUUCUAGUUGUCUUACUAUCUUUACAACACUGACCGAUUUUGAAGCUGGAAGAAAAAUACACGUAGAAAGGGAUGUGACUGGUUGUGAGUUUAUUUCUUGUUACUUCAGUGUAGCAGAAAUGGGUAAACAAUACUGUUGAGUUGAAAAAAAAAGUGUCCUGAAACUAGUGCAGUUUUGUUGCUGGAUUCCUUAUUUAAUGAAUGUAUAAACUGUCACAAAUGAGCUAGAGAGUUGCUUCUAUCUCAUUGUUCUUCCCUUUUUAUUAGUCAUUAUUGUAUCGUCCAAACGUUUUAUGAACGCUUGUCAUGGUGAAUACGUAUGUACAACAAAUCUCAAAGUAGCUGUAGAUCUAAGAACCUUUGAUUCCCAUGAUUUGACUGAGUUCAGGUUGUGCUUACAACAUGUACAGCAGUAAGGCCCCACACUAAGGCAAUGGGUUUGUCUUGUUCACUUUUAGACUGGUUACUACGUGUAUACAGGUCUACAAGUGUCAAUUAAAGUGCUUGUAAAAUAGUG